AUGGAGGAUUGGAAGAAGCAGAAUUUGGAUAUUGAAACUCCAAAUAAUAUUACUAUUAAAGGGAUUAUUGGGUUGUUAAUGGGUAAUACUGAUUGCAAUGAUAAUCGAAAAGUGAUUUCUUUGGGAAUAGGGGACCCAACUGCUUAUUCGUGCUUCCAUACAACUGCUGUUGCUCAAGAAGCUGUUGUGGAGUCUCUGCGUUCUACCAAGUUUAAUGGUUACUCUCCCACUGCUGGACUCCCUCCAGCCAGAAAGGCAAUUGCAGAAUAUUUGUCCCGUGAUCUUCCUUACAAGUUAUCAUUGGAGGAUGUUUAUCUCACAGCUGGUUGCACACAGGCUAUUGAAAUAACACUGUCGAUUUUGGCUCGGCCUGGUGCGAAUAUCUUGCUUCCAAGACCGGGGUUUCCAAUUUAUGGACUUUGUGCCGCAUUUAGACAGCUUGAGAUUCGGCAUUAUGAUCUUGUUCCCGAUAAAGGAUGGGAGGUUGAUCUCGAAGCUGUUGAAACUCUGGUUGAUCAUAAAACUGUUGCAAUGGUAAUUAUAAAUCCAGGGAAUCCAUGUGGAAAUGUCUACACAUAUCAACAUUUAAAGAAGAUUGCUGAAACUGCGAAGAAACUUGGUGUAGUCGUAAUUGCUGAUGAAGUUUAUGGUCACCUUGCUUUUGGGGCUAAUUCUUUUGUUCCCAUGGGGGUUUUUGGAUCCAUUGCACCGGUGAUUACUCUUGGGUCUUUGUCAAAGAGAUGGUUAGUGCCUGGUUGGCGCCUUGGCUGGUUGGUUAUGAAUGAUCCUGAUGGGAGCUUGAAAUCCCCAAAGUUUGUCGAGCGUCUUAGUAAGUACUGCGACAUUUGUGGAGGUCCUGCAACCUUUAUACAGGCAGCAGUUCCAACUAUUAUUGAGCAAACUCAAGAGGUGUUCUUCAGAAAAACCAUCAACUUGCUUAAGCAGACUUCAGAUAUAUGUUUUGAAAAGAUUAAGGAGAUUCAUUGCAUAAGUUGCCCUUAUAAACCAGAAGGGUCAAUGGCUAUCAUGGUGAAGCUGAAUCUUUCCCUGCUGGAAGAUAUUACCAGUGACAUUGACUUCUGUUUCAAGCUGGCCAAAGAGGAAUUGGUAAUAAUUCUUCCAGGACUUGCAGUCGGCCUAAAAAAUUGGCUCCGAAUCACUUUCGCUGUUGAGCCAUCAUCACUUGAAGAAGGACUGGAACGUUUGAAGUCCUUUUGUCAACGGCAUUCCAACUUACAAAAUGGAUGUUGA